AUGUCAAGCUACGAAGUUAACGGCAAAUAUGCCAUUGUUACCGGCGCCGGCUCUGGUAUCAACCUAGCCUUCGCCGAACAACUCCUCGAGAAGGGCUGUUCCGUGAUACUAGCUGACUUGAAGCUCAGACCCGAGGCUGAGGAAGUCUUGAGCCAAUACACAAAUAAGGCGGCAGGGAAGCCCUCUGCCGUCUUCCACAAAGUGGAUCUUGCCAAUUGGGCGCAGAUAAGCUCCCUGUGGAACACCGCUCUUCAGACAUUCCCGCAGAUCGACAUCGUCUGCAAUGGUGCUGGCAUAUACGAGCCUCCAGAGACUUCUUUCUGGAACCCUCCAGGAAUUUCGCCCCUAGCACAAGAUAGGGAAGAUGCGAACCCUGGGCAGUACAAGAGUUUCGCCGUUAAUACCGCCGCGCCUAUCCGCAUGGCCCAGAUCGCAAUCGACUAUUGGCUGCAAAACAGACACAUACAGGGUAACCUUCUCUGGGUGGCAAGCUUGGGUGGCUACGUGCACAACAUUCAAGCGCCGAUCUACUUUGCGACCAAAGCAGCUAUUGUCAGCUUCGUCAAGUCCCUGGCGGUGCUGAAGAAACGACUCGGCAUCCGCAACGCAGCUGUUUGCCCCGGCACAGUACACGUGGACGCCAAUUUUCUUCCCAUUUUCUUCCCUGAGUACUGCAAGAACAGAGUCCGCCCCGAAGACCUUGGAUUGACGCCGGCAGAGUGCGCCUCAGUCAUGAUGCGAGUACUUACUGAGCCCGAAUUCGGCGACGGGAACAUUGUCGAGGCGAUGAUGAUCGGUUCGAAGGAAAACCCGAAGAUCAAUGCCCGCGAGGUCCCAAUGGAAGCAUUGUAUCCUACCACUGGAGCUCUUGGUGAGGAUAAUCACCUUGUUGAGGAGGAAGAGAACAUCUCAUUGCAACCUCUGAAAAACAGAACAAUUACAAUUUCGGCGGUAACAAUGAAGUUCUCUACCUCAGCUCUUCUCUUCUUUGUGCCUGCAGUUUUUGGCUACUGGAACUGCGAGCUUCCAAAAGGUGGAGACCUCGGAACUUGCGUUCCCAAUGGCUCUGAUGCGGGACAGAUGGUCAACACUUGCGGCGAGCUGGCAACGGAUGUGCUCCUCUCGGAUCCGGCAUCGCCAACUCCUCCAUGGGAAGGUCAAAUGGCCACAUCACCACCCACCAUGCCGCAGCAAUUGAGCAGGCAACGGGUCCGAUCGAGCAACCACGGCUCUCGAAACUAUGGCUUUGAGCGAGAUUAUCUGGAAUUGCAAGAGGCUGGAUUUGAUCGCUGUAUCACUUGUGCCCGCUGCCUGCUGACGCCAAGGGGCGGCCAGUUCCAGGCCAGGUUCUCCUAA